AUGGUUAAGACUUUGGUUACAAUCGCCAGCAUCGGCAGCGGAGUUGCUGUUCUCGCUUGUCUCUUCACUGUUGGAUACAUCUUCAACGACAUCAACUCCUUCUAUGAUGACGUUAUUGACACCAUGACUGAGUUCAAGUUCAAUGAGCAACAAGCAUGGAACUCCAUGAUGAAGCCAACUGACGUCUUCGGAAGAAUCAAGCGUGGAAUCAACAAGAGAAAUGCUCAAUGCAACUGUGGAGCUCAAUCCAACGGAUGCCCAGCUGGGCCACCAGGACCACCAGGACAACCAGGAGCUCAAGGAGACGCUGGACAUCCAGGAGAGGCUGGAAAGCCAGGAGCCAACGGAGUUACCAUCGGACUCACUGGAGGAAAUGGACCAUGCAUCACUUGCCCAGCUGGAGCACCAGGACCAGCCGGAGCUCCAGGAGCACCAGGACCACAAGGACCAUCUGGAGCCCCAGGACAAGACGCUGUUGGAGGAGGACCAGGACCAGCCGGACCACAAGGACCAGCAGGAGAUGCCGGAGCACCAGGACAACCAGGAGCUCCAGGACAGCCAGGAAACGCCGGACGUGGAGGACAACGCAGCCGUGGAACACCAGGACCAGCUGGAGCUCCAGGACCACAAGGACCAGCCGGAGGACCAGGACAACCAGGACAAUCUGGAGGAGCCGGAGCCCCAGGACCAGCUGGAUCCCCAGGACCAGCCGGACAUCCAGGAAACGCCGGAGCUCCAGGAACCCCAGGAGCACCAGGAAAUCCAGGAGCCCCAGGAGGAGAUGCCGCCUACUGCCCAUGCCCAGCUCGUGCCAGCGCUGUCCGCAAGCACCGCAAGGUCUUCCGCAGACGUCACGCCAAGGUCUCCGCUUAG